AGCCUUUCGGCUCAGUGCUGAAACAUUGACGUCAUACAGGCGGCUGUCGAUGGCAAUCCCGAAAGUGAUGGAGGCGCGUGACUUACAAGGGAUGGAUGUGAUUAGCACGGCAGUGGGGGAGCUUUUGGCAGAACCAGUCAUUGCACCCCUCGCUGUUUGCAUGGCCCUAGCGAUGCUUGCGCUGAUGCUGCGCCCAAAGGGCGCAGAUACGGCGAAGAAGGCCGGAUUGCAGGCAGACCAGAAUGACAGCUAUGUGGCCAGCUUCAUGCAGAGGAUGGGAGUGCCGGAAGAGACACACGUCGAGGGCUGCAUUCUGCCUGGGAACAAUUUGGUGAUCAACCAGCGCAUCACGGAAUUUGAGAAUGAGUUCUGCAGUGGCAAGCUGCUGGAUUUGCAUCGAGCCACUCAUGACAAAGAGCUGGACAAGUCUGGCGAGUACAUGUACGGGAACUACUUCAUUGGAAAGAAGCGCCUGUGGGAGACCCGGGUGCAGCUGAAGUUCAGGAAGCCGCCCAACCAGAAGGAUGUGUUUUUUGGCGUGGAGAAUGAGGAGUAUGUCCCGAUGACCCGAGCAACGAAGUCUACAAUGGAUGGAGUUGUUCGGAUGCUGCGAAACGCAGUUGGCAACCAGAUUUACCACAGCGUGGGCGACAACCCCGAGGAUUUCCGUGGUUCAACCGAAGAGCUGGAGCUGCCAACCUUCGUGAUGCCCAUGUGGGCCUUUGAUCAGUUCAUCGUGACCCCAGAGGGCGAGACUCCUCCAGACCUGGACGACGAGUGCAUCCCAGAUCUAGGGUCCAAGCGAAGUGGCAGGGUGCGUGAGUUCCGAAAAGAACUCGACAACCUCGUCUUCGAGGUGGGUCCCACAUAUACCUUCUGCUUUUGGGGGAUCUCGCAGUGGCUCGACAAGUUCAGCUGGCAGAUCCGGCUGCCUCUCCUGGGGCGCCUGGACGUGAACCAGUUCUGCGGGCGCCCUCCCGUGCAUGUCGUCAUCUACACGCUGAUCCCCUCAGAGGACAACAGACACCUGCAGUCCAGGAAGCAAUACUACCUGAACGUGCCCUUCUGGUCCUCUAAAAAGAGGCCGCCGGCACAGAGGGUCAUGGACCUGCUGGGAAACUCUGAAGCCUGCGACCCUGCUUAUUUCAGUUCACCCUUCGGCGGCCUGUCCCCAGUAAAGCGCCAGCUUGCAGGGCGGCCCUCCAAUUGGUUCGCCUGCUGCGCUGGCGGUCGGCCAUGAGCGAAGUGAGCUGAUCGAGAGCCUGGGCCAUCCACAGGUGUGGCUCGGAAAUCGUAAUGCCGCUGGUUUUUGCCUUCUGGGAGGUCCUCGAAGGGGGGGGUUAAGGGAAACAGGGCAACUUGUCCGCUUGACAACUUGUUUGGCCGAAUUGACGCAACAACUUUGGGAGGGGUAAAAGACUCCGGCCAGUCAAACUUGAUCAUCUUGAUCGAGGCAGGCCCAAGGACGC